AUGAAACGAAAAUGUGAACUAGAUCAAGGAAAUGAAAGAUUGAAGAAAUUUACCAUUGAUUGCAAUGAAACAAGUUUUCAAAUCAACCAACAUAGCAUUUUCGAUAGGAAUACAUUCUCACAAAACGAACAAAUAAAAACUCAUGCCGGCGAAGAAAUGGAGCAAGAAUAUUCAUUAGAACGAAUGGAAGCUCUCGAUCCCAAAGUUCAAUAUAAUGUUAAUAACAAUUGCUUUUAUAUACAAAAUGAUUCUGUUGAAUCGGAUAUAUCCAACAAUAUUGAAGAUUAUGAUCAUCAUGAGUUCGACGAAAUCAGUGCAUUAAAAUCUUUAUUGACAAUCAUGCAUCCGACUGAAACUAUUCUCUAUACCAUCAAACGUCUUCGAGUAGCUGCCACCAAUAAUAGAUUUAAACAACGUGCAAAGCAACAGCAGUUCUUGUUGAGUGAUUUAACUUCAGAAGAAUCGACAAAGAAUAAAUAUUUACUUGAAGAAAUCACUGGUCUUGUGGAUCGAUUUGUAUCUAAUGGUCAACCUGAUAUAUAUCACGAAACUUAUGAACAGUUGAAAGCGAAAUUGAAUCCGUAG